CCAGACAAGCCGAAGCAACAAGACAAUCCCGACCUUUGGCUCUCUCGCCAUCACUACCCUAAUCCCAACCCACUGAUGCCCUUAUUUCCUCGCACUACCUAGUAGACACACUGUCCGAUUGUAUCCAACCUGCUUCCGAAUUUCGCAAUCAUUUAAGCAUGAAUCCGAUAUCUAAUAAAGAAACGAUGAGUGAAAUCAAUAUCCUCUCACUGAUUAUUCAACAACACCUAACACCGAUCGCCCCUACCCUGACAGAAAUCUAGAUCAUGGUAGCUAUUCUCACUCUCAAGACAGUAGUGGCGACAGUGUUAUUUUAUUGGAAAAUCGUAGCGUACAAACUGAUGUCGAUCCAAUGGAACAAGAUGAACAAGAAGAAGAAGAUGGAGAUGAAGACGUCUUUCUGGGUGCCAAUCCAACUCAAACAGGUCAAAGUAUAUAUAUUUACAUACACACAAACUCAAUGGCAGAAGGAAACAAUGAAUUAAUGUACGAUCUGUUCGAUCAUUUUGGUGGUGGAGAUGAAGACGACGAUGAUUAUGAAGAUAUCGGUGAUUUAGAUGUCAGUAUGAAUAUUCGAUACCAAGAUGAAGACGAUGAAGAUAUGAUCGACGACGAUGAUGAUGAUGAAGUUAUUGACAACGGUAAAGAAGAA